AUGGCCGCCGCCGCGUCGGCGAGACAGGUCACCAGGAGGAACUUCCCGGAGGCUCUGCGGGAGCUGGCGGCUCACGUGAAGGAGUGCGAUUACGUGGCUAUCGCGGCGCUGAAGACGGGCGCCCCCACCGGGUGGCGACGCGCGCUGCCGGUCGACACGGCGGAGACGGCGUACCUCAAGGCCAAAUUCGCCUCCGAGUCCUUCCAGCCUCUCCACAUAGCCGUCUGCCCGUUCCGCUUGGGCUCCGCCUCCGGCUCCGACGUUGUCGCCUACCCGUACAAUUUCCACUUGUUUCCCAGAGAUGAACUACAGCUUGGAAUGCCUUCUUAUAGUUUCUCCUGCCAAUCAUCUUACUUUUCAUCGAUGGCCCGUGAUGGUUUUGAUUUUAAUAUGUGCAUUUAUGAUGGUAUAUCUUACCUAUCAAGGGUGCAAGAAUCCUUGGCUAGGCAAAAGACUUUCACCCCUCAUCUUCAGCAGCCAUCUCCAUCAGCAAGUGCAUCCGUUGCUGAUUCAGUUUUUACAACUAGAAUUAAGUCAAGAAUUCAGCAUUGGCGUAAAGGAUGUGCAGAACCCAGCAAAACAGCUGAUGGAUCUUUAGUUAGUUCUCUAAGAAAACUAAUCAUGGGCAGUGAAUCAUAUGGUUCAAGGCCCAGUAUGACCAUCGAUGUUUGCAGUGAUCGCCAAGUUCAACUUGUUUUGGAGACAGUAAAUGGUACCUCUGGUGAUCUUGUACCUCUUGUUGUUCCGGAUAAAGGUGGGGUGCCUAGGGCUGUGCGUGUGAUCUUUACUAGUUCUGCAGAGGAUAAAAAUCUUCUCCUGAUGGACAUCCAAAAAUUGGAAGAUGAGCAGAAUUUGAAGUUUCGCGGAUUUCGGGAAGUUAUUGAUCUAGUAGCAUCUUCAGAGAAACCAAUCAUAUCAUACAAUUGCUUGAAUGACCUAACAAUGAUGCACACACAAUUUAUUGCGCCUCUUCCGCCGAACCUGCAUGAAUUUAUGUGUUCUUCGAGGCUGGUUUUCUCUAGUGUUGUUGAUAUUGGCCACUUGUGGCGAGAAAUUAGCCCUUUGAGAAAAGCGAAGAAUAUACAAGCAGCUCUGAGUUACUUACAGAGACAGUACUUUGUGCCAAUGGAAAUAGAAAUACCACUGCAAGAUGGUACCAAGGGUGUCACAAAAAGUGGAGAAAAUGUUCUGAGAAUAACAAAAUUAUUUGCUAAGCUAAGCAAGUUACUUAAAAUCACUCCCAAUUGUCAAUCUCAGUCUGGUGAGCAGCAUUACACAGUUGAAGAUCACCGUAACAUUCUUUAUCCCGGUUGCAUGGUGGAAGAAUCUGAUGGUGUUGACUGCACUAAUGAGCCAGAUACCACAAGGACAGCGAGCACCCAGAGUGUUGUUUUCUUGUGGGGCUUUAGGGAGACAUCUGCAGAAGAGCUGAGAUCCCGCCUUGCAAGAUUGCAUCAUGUCUUCUCAAAGGAUUUUGAUCUAAGAUUGUUGGACAAGACAUGCUCAGCUUUGAUAUUUCGUAGUUCUGAUACUGCAAGUGAAUUACUAAGAGACAUAAGCUUGGAGAGUCCCUCACUAAAUAAUUUCUUCUCAGAAGGUCUGAAAGCUGCAGGUUUUUAUGUCUACAGGAAGGCUUGCAGUUUAGGGCUUUGGGAUUCAGAUUUAGCUGAGGCCCUGGAGGGCGUUUCAUUGGAGCCAGCCACUUCAACAAUUUCUGAGCGUGGUAGCUCUGAGAUAUACUGGAAUAGUUCAUUGAAGCUGGAUCUAAAGGAGUAUCUGGAAUGCUAG